AUGGACUCCCCCCAAGAGCACCCCCACACUCCGCCCCGCACGAUGAAAGCCUGGCUCUACUCGCGCACCACCAACAACCUCGAAAACAACCUACACCUAGACCCCGCCGCGCGCAUGCCGGGCGCCCUCCGCGACGACCAGAUCCUCGUGCGCGUAAUCUCCGCGUCGCUCAACCCCGCCGACUACAAAGUGCCCGAGCUGACGUCGCUCACGCGCGUCGUGAUCCCGACCCCCGCCACGCCGGGCAUGGACUUCUGCGGGCAGGUCGUCGUCGCCGCGUCGGCGGUCAAGGAGCUGCGGCGCGGACAGCUGGUCUACGGGAGCAUCGGGGCGCCGGCGCAGUUCGGCGCGCUGGGUGAGUACCUCGUGUGCAGCGCGCGCAGCGCGGCGCCGCUGCCGGAGGGGCUGGCGCCGGACGACGCGGCGGCCGUCGGCGUCGCGGGCCAGACGGCGUACCAGUCGGUCAAGCCGUAUGUUUCUGCUGGGGAUCGGGUGUUUAUCAACGGCGGGUCGGGCGGGUGCGGGGUGUUUGCGAUUCAGAUUGCGAAGCUGCUGGGCUGUCAUGUAACGACGACGUGCUCGGCACGGAAUGUGGAGCUUUGUAAGGAGCUGGGAGCUGAUGAGGUGAUUGAUUACGAGGCGCAGGAUGUGUUGGGCGUGCUGAAGGGCAAGGGGCAGGUGUUUAGUUUGGUGGUGGACCAUGUCGGCGCGCCGGACGCGCUGUACCGUGAGUGCGAUGCGUUUCUGCUCCCCGGGAAGGCGUUUGUUCAGGUUGGCUCGACGUCGCUGCUGAGUUCAUCGAUUUUGUCGUUUGCGGAUCGUCUGAAUAGGAGGGAGGACCUGGUGCAGAUCGGGGAGUGGAUCCAGCAGGGGAAGAUCAAGGUUGUGAUUGAUAGCACCUUUGCGUUCGAGGACGCGGUUCAGGCGUUCGAAAAGCUGCGGUCUCACAGGGCCAGGGGGAAGAUCAUCAUCCAUGUGUCUGAUAAGGGUGGACAGGAGUGA